CGAGCCGAAAAAAAGAUGGCGGCCCUCAGUCAUCCCCACUCUCUCCCGUCUCCGGUUCGAACCCAUGGCCGACGACGGCGGCGGUGGGAGCGCCGAGUGGCUGCCCCUCUUCGACCGGGUGGAGGCGCAGGUCGAGGCGCUCGCAGCCGACCGCGCGCGCCUGGAGGCGGCCGACAGGGUCCAGCGCGUGUCCUGGGAGGCGGCGAGGAGGCUGCAGCGGAGCGUGGAGGAGCUGCAGGCAGCGGCGCGGGAUAAGGACGCCGAGAUCGAAAGGUUGCGAGCAGAAGCGGCCGACGCCAGGAAGAAGCUGCAGGCGGAUGCAAGCAGGAGGGGGAGGUGGGAAGCCGCCUACGUGGAGCUGCUUCUCGGGGCUAAUCAGAAGCUCGCCGAACUCAGAGAUAGUGACUUGGAGGAUUCCAGAACUCUUGCAGGAAACUCCAGCUCCAAGGAAGUUGAAAGUUGCACAAAGCUGAAUCAAAAUACCACGGAUCAGACCACGAGCGAUUUAAGAGUGGAGCUAAGAAAACUAAAGAAAGCUUAUGAGACUCUGAGCUCAAAGAAGGACAAGGAACUUUCUGCAUUGCUCUCAGAAAAGGAUUCUGUACGUGACCAGUUGAGUAUAUUGCAGCAGGACUAUGCCGAGCUCCUUAAGAACAAGAAAGUGGAGGCAGAAGAAGCUGCUGAAGCAGCACAAAAGCUUCAACGGAAUAUAGAUGAGCUUAAAGUGUUGGCCCAAAAGAAGGAUCAUGAAAUUAGCAUAUUAGGAGCAGAAGCUGUUGGUGCCAAAAAGAACCUACAGAAAAUGCACUCCCUGGUUAAGGAGAAAGAUGAUGAAAUCCAAAGACUCAAAGGUCGGCACCCUGAGUCUGUUCCGAAGCACAACAAGGAUAUCAUUAAGACAUAUAAAAAACUCAGGUCUGGUGAUCCAGCUGUAACUGUAAGGGACAAACCGGAAAACAGAGGUAUUAUACAAACAAUAGAAGCAGAUUUUAUUUCUGAAACAAGAACAACUGAAAAUGAUAUACAAGAUGAAAGCACUCAUAAGCGCAGGCGUGCCUCUUCCAUGUCAAAUGAUGAUGAGAUGGGUGGAUGCGAUGAGAAUGAUGAUGAGCAGAUUGGAGGUGACGAGGAUGGUGACAAGCAGAGUGGAAGUGCUGAGGAUGGUGACAAGCAGAGUGGAAAUGCUGAGGAUGGUGAUAAGCAGAGUGGAAGUGGUGAGGAUGUUGCUGAGCUGAGUAGAAGCGAUGAUGAGGAUGUUGGUGAGCAGAGUAGAAGUGGUGAUGAUGAUGAUGAUGGGCAGAGUACAAGUGAUGAGCAUAGGCAGAGCGAAAGUGAUGAGGAAACAACGCAUAACCCAAUUCAAAGACCUCUCUGGAACCGCAAGAGGAAGGGAGACGCUUACAAUAAUGAAGACAAGGGAGAUGUGAUGACAUGGUUGCGGUCCUGGAAGGCUCCAGCGCCGCUGCGCUCAAGGAAGAGGGAGGUCACCAACGGCCGGUGUUCUUACAGACGUACCGGCCACUGGGGGCAGUAUGUCAAGGCCGUGAAUGACAGCUUGGUAGACCAACCUGAUAAGCACAAGAAGUUUGUCGUUUUCCUGCGCAAUUUCGAGAACCAGAGUGCUCGUGAAGUGGCCAUAACCAUGACGGCCUUACUAAAAGGACAACCAAAGCUCAUCCACCAGCUUAACCAGUUCUUACCGAACAAUCGUCGAUCGAGGUCAAGACUCAGAUGAAGAAUCCCCGCACGUUCUCCACGUACGAGAGAUCCAUGUAUCGGACGGACUCCUUGCCGCAUGUAAUCUCCUUGGUUGCAAUGAACUGGUCCUCUCAUCAACUAAACAACCUGAUCUAAACUACCAUAAUUCUUGCUCUUUA